CCCAAAAAAAAAAGCAACAAAAUGGCAACCCCAUCUCAACUCAAAACACUCCCUCCAUAUUCAUCCCCUCAUCCUUUCGCCAUUAGAGCUCCAUCACCUUCUCCAUCAUCAUCUUCCUCUUUAGCAACCUCCAUGAAAUUCAAAACCCUAAUCCACAACUUCAUCUUCUCCCACAUCUUCCGACUAGCAAGGGCCCUCACCAAGGCCAAGACCAUAAUCAUCGAGCUUCUCAAACAGAUCCAACUCAACAAUGUCAACUUCCUGGAACCACUGAUCUUGAAGAAGAACAAAAACAAGAAUAAGCUCUACUUUGGAUCGUUUAGGUUGCACUACAACUGGUGUUCAUCACAUGUUGUCCCGAUGACUUCACCCAACCCGUUUAAUGGUCAUGUCUACUAUGAUUCAACCUGGGGUUCCUUUGCUGAUGAAAUGGCUCCUCAUGAGUCGCAGCUCUCAGGGUACCUCCAAUGGCUGGAAGAGAAGAACAAGAGUGAUGAUCAUGGGAAUAAGGGCUCUGGGAUUACUGUUGAUGAGAUGAAUGAGAUCGAUCGUCUUGCAGACAAGUUUAUAGCGAAUUGCCAUGAGAAAUUCAGAUUGGAAAAACAAGAAUCUUACAGGAGAUUUCAAGAAAUGAUGGCUAGAAGUGUGUGAAUGAGAAGGUAAUUCUUGAUCGUUUUAUAGACUUAUUUCCCUUAUUUCUUAAGGGGUUGGGGUGGUAUAGUUAACACAAUGGAUGCAUGGUGGAGGGAGGGGGGUUCUGAGCUUUAGCCUUCAAAGAUGGAAUUUUGAGAAGAUUGCAGAAGAGGGGGUUGUUUGUAAUUCUGCAAUUCUUGUGUUUAUAAGUGGAAGAUCUUUAGGAGUUAUGUUUCAGUUAGACCCUUAAUCUAAAUAUAUCCACAUUUGCUCCAGAAAUUAUAGUAGUAUUUUAAUUUUAAUAUGAAUAAAAUGAUUGUCUGAUA